UGAAAGUCAAAAUCAAAAAUUGUACUUCGCGUUUGAGCUAAUAUAAUGACGAGGACGAUUUUAGAGUUUAAAUGCUUUGUAAAUCACGUAGUUUUGUAUAAUUGUGUUCUACUAUAGAUUCAGUACUUUGUAUUUAAUGACCAUUUGUUAAAAUGUAUAGAAACAAGAAGGACGUCGAUAAACACGUGGAGAGUUUGAUGUUGAAAUUGUCACCGAAAGAUUUCAAGACUAGAGCAUAUUCCAUUGCGCGGCUUUAUUUCGAGGUGGGGGAUUAUGGAAGCUGUCAGAAAUACGUGGAACAGUAUCUCAGCCAAAAAUCGAAUAACGCAGCCGCUCACAAACUACUCGGACAGACAUUUCAAAAGCUAGGGCAGAAGGAAAAAGCAAUUGAGCAGUACAAAAUUUCCCUUGAUAUUGAUCCUACACAAACAAGUACUAUUCUGGAUGUUUGUGAAUUACUAGCAGAUGAUGAGGUCACCAUAGACUCUGGUCGGGCAAAAUACUGGUGUGAAAAAGCUGAAGCCAUGUUUCCCAAGCAUCCAGUGACAUUUAACUUACGAGAAAAACUCCUGGCUGUUGCUAAUCCAGAUCCAGAAGCUCUGCUGAAGUUAUUAAAAUCUGAAUUGGAAAUAAGACCAAAAGAUGCUGGACUACAUGCCCGUCUUAUAAAACAUUUGCUUCGUACUAAUAACAUCAAGGAAGCAUAUGAACAUAGUUGCAGUAUUGAGUUUGAUAAAAAGUUUUUUUCCAACAAUCAUGCAUGGUAUGAAAGUCUAUCUGAGAUACUAAAAUACAAUCCUUUAACAAUGAGUGAUUGGUUAUACCAGUUGCUUUUAUUAACAGUAAAAGAGAGGAUUUGUAUUUUAAGUCUAACUGAAACACCAAAUUCUUGUUCUAAAAGCUUGGUUGAGUCAAGUGAACUCCUUCAUGAUUAUGACCAAUCUAUCGCGAGUGUGGCUAAAACUGGGCCAUCUCUAGGAUUUCGAGAAUUUCACAAUAGUCUGCUACAACAUCACAGAGGACAGUUGGCGUUCCACACAGCAACCUAUUUGCUUAAAAAGGCAAAAAAAGGACAACUGAAUUGGAGAGAGGCUAAGGAAUGUUCAGCCCCAUUGAUGCUUAAUGCUUGGCAAACCAUUCCGCUUGAUCCUAAAGCUAACUGGUUAGCUCAUGCACCUGAGAAACAACAGAAUGCUGUGCGUCGUUGGUAUCUGGAGGGGUCAUUCAGAUGUUCUCAAUCUGGUCAUUUUUUGCUUUCUAAUAUGCAGGAUAAAAGUCAAGUACUUCUAGAUCAAAUUUCACAAUUUUGCUCAGGAAUACAUUGGAAGGAUAAAUUGUAUGAAAAAGUAUUUCCCGCACCAGAGCAACUUACAAAAAAGAAAUCCUCCUAUUUAGCAUCAUAUCAAUUUGUUGCUCCUUCAUUAAGACUACCAAGAAAAGCUGAAGUACAGGCUUAUGAUGAUGACGCACAAAGAGAAUAUCCUAAUUCUCUUCACCAUUUUGUGUGGAUCCUACUAAAUUAUAAAAAUUAUGCAGAGUUUAGAUGCACAUUAUUUGAUAUGCUAACUCCAACAUCUGUUACCAGCUGUGGCCCUGAAACACUUAACAAAAUGGAUAUUUUAGCUUUUCUCUUCAGUGCAACAUUAACAACACAAAAACUGAGGGAUAAUAAGACCAAUUAUGUUUCCACAGAAAUGGCAGAUCUCCUUCCAGCUAACAUAACAGACCUUUUGUGUUCCCUGCCUCAAACUAAAUGGUGGGACUGUGCAUAUAAGUUCAGUCAUGAUGAACUCGGUGUGGAGUAUACUGAUAUCCGUUCCAUACUAAGUCGCGGUAUUGAAGUUUUGCGAUGUAUUGAUAAUCAUGGAUUAGAUCCUGAGUUAUUAUGCAUUUUAGGACGAAUUUUUAUUGAAAAGGCUAAAAAAGCAAAUACUUCAGAAGAAAAAGCAAACCUCGAAAUUAGAGCUCAACUUUAUUAUUCGUCAGCUAUACCCCUCCUUGAAAAAUUAAAAUCAAAAAAUGUUUUAAAAUUACCUGAAAAGAGAAUGUUUGAAUAUACAAACACACAGCUGAGUGCAAAAGAAAUUAAUCUUCUAUUAGAAGAGAGCAAACUUGAAAUAGCUCUUUCACAUCUUAAUGAAGGAGAAUAUGAAAAGGUUAUUAAUCUUUUGGCUAAUGUGAAAUCACCCCAAGCUUAUUACUAUCUGAGUGAAACAUAUAAAAAAAUUGCUUUGGAGGAGAACACUUCGACAAAAAAUAUUGAUAACAAGUAUGCAAGUUUGUUAAAUAAAGCUAAGCAGUUUGCUUACAAAGCUUUAGAUAAAAUGAAAGAUUUAGAAGAGCCCAGAAGCAAGUCUCUAUAUACUAAUCUACAAUCAUUAAUAGAAGAUUUGGAAUCACGUCUCAAUAAAACUAAUAUUGACUUGUCAGCGAACGUUACGAACGAUGUAGAAUCAUCAGACGAAUAUGAGUCUGUUACUGAAAUUGGGUCAGUGCGAUCUAAAUCAAAUCAUCGCAAAAUAAGUUCUACACCUAAACAAACAAGACGCAACUUCGUCGAUACAGCGUACCGUACUGCAAUGGAUUCACCAACUCUCGAAAACGCUCAAGUAGAUCAAUUAUGCUUAGAAAGGAUAGAAAGACAAAUAAAAAACUUCCAAAAAACUGAAACAACAAUCAAUGACUUUAUGGAUCAAACUAGGAACUGGUUUGAAGAGAAUCGAAAAUUAGGUAACCAUAUAAUUAGUACAAUCAAUUCUUAUAUUGAAAACACAACAGAUCAAUUUAAACUGCUUAAAAUGUCAGUUGAUCAAAUCAAUAAACAAAGGGAUGAAUGCAGGAAAGACUCCAGAGAUGUAGCAGAUUUAAAGAAAGAAGUUGCAGAGUUAAAAAAAGAAGUUAAUAAACUGAAGAAACCUGCUGUAGAUGAAAAUGAUCUAUACAAUCUGGAAGAUGAGUACCGAACCAGCGAUAAUACUGGUUUUGGUGCUCAACUUCCCUUUACGGCUCCGCAAGUUGUGCCACCGUUUGCUCAACGUCUUAUGCCACCCUUCUCUAUGCCACCAAACCCAUACCAAUUAUACGGACAAAACUUCUAUAAUCUGUACAAUCAAUAUUCUCAAUUUGCACAACCACCAGCGGUGCCGGGCGCACCGCAGCUAUUUGAUCCUACAAGAACGCAAAUGAACUAUCCAGGAGUUUAUCCAACACCAGAUCAAAUGUAUCUAGAUGAAGCGCAUCUUGUUCCCCCCACGCUACCGACUGUUCCAACAAUGCCUACUGUUCCAACUACACACAAUAUUAUACCUACUGUAUCUACUGUACCUUCAACUGUUGCACCACCAGCGGCAGUAUCUAUAUCUAAAGUGUUGCUUGAUUCAAAAGAAAUUCCGAAAUCAUUACCAGUGAAUGUAGUGAUAACUUCUUCUGAUCCGUUACCAACAAGCACUACUACACCAGCACCAGUGUUAAGUGUUACAAUACCGCAAAAACAUAUUAAAGGAAGUCCACAUAACUAUCAAAUACCAAUGCCUUCCUCAACGGAAAGUAAGACAAUAGCCCCUCCUGUUUUUAGUUUUCCUUUAUCUAACAAAUCUACUGUAACAACUUCAAGUAUUUUAAAUUGGAAUACAAAGUUUUUAUCAUCUCAAGCAGAAAAUACAUUGACUAUAUCCAGUGGUAACAAUUCUUUCAAAGAUUCUAUGAAUUCUACAAGUGUUGUUGAUGGUGUAUUCCCUGGCUUUUCACCAAACGCAAGUUUGAAUAAAUCUAGAACUUUAUCAGAAAAAAGUAAUACAUCAAUUGAAAAUUAUGAUCCCUGUCCAGAUUUUAAGCCUAUUAUACCAUUGCCCGCAGAAGUUAAAAUCACUACCGGCGAAGAAGAUGAAACGGUAAUAUUCAGUUCCAGGGCGAAAUUGUUUAGAUUUGUUGAUAAGCAAUGGAAAGAGAGAGGCAUUGGGGAAAUGAAAUUGCUGAAGCACAAAUUAACUGGCAAAGUUAGAGUACUUAUGAGAAGAGAACAAGUGCACAAAAUUUGUGCAAAUCAUAUAAUAUCACAUAGCAUGGAAAUCAAACCUAUGAAAAAUGAGACUAAGGCUUAUUGUUGGGUUGCUCAUGACUAUGCUGAAGAAUCCGUUAUCCUAGAAAAAUUUUGUGUAAGGUUUAAAACGGUUGACUUAGGGAAAGAAUUUUAUGAAACAUUUGAAAAGGCCCGCAAAGAGUCAGCUAAUAUUGUUGAAAAUGAAGAUAAGAGUCUUAAUAAUGUUUCAAAACCAGUGUCUGAAAUAAGUGUCACCAAGAACAUCUUUUCUGUUAAAGAUACUGCAGCUAACUCUCAGUCUGGAAAAACAGUAGUGGGAGGAUUCACUUUCAGCAGUACACCCACAUUCAAACCUACUGUAGAAACCCCCGAUAGUGAAACAAAGAAUGUAGAAACUCCAAAAAAUAAAAUAAACGUUUUCAGUGGCCUCACCUUCAAUCCUGGAAAUACAUUCACAUUUGGUAAUAAUUUAAGUCUUGCUUCAAGUACAAAUAAGGAAAUUAUCACAACACCAAUUAAUGAAGAUACAACAAAAAUAAAUACGUCUGAUGUAGUGGAAGAGUUUGAACCGACAGUAGAUUUUAAACCCGUUAUACCAUUACCAGCUCUUAUUGAGCAAAAAACUGGUGAAGAAGAUGAAAUAAUACUGUUUGAACAUAGAGCUAAGCUGUUGCGGUUUGAUGCCGGGGACAAAGAGUGGAAAGAAAGGGGUCUUGGUAAUAUGAAAUUACUUGUACAUAAAGAUAACAGUCACAAAUUGCGACUUUUGAUGAGGAGAGAACAAAUUAUGAAAGUAUGUUGCAAUCAUUCAAUAACUAAAGAAAUGACAUUCCAAAAAAUGCCUAAUAUGGAUAAAGCAGUUACAUGGUGUGCGAAAGAUUUUUCGGAAGGUGAAUUAGUUUCAGAAACAUUUUGCCUUCGUUUUAAAACUGCGCAAAUAUGUGAUGACUUCAUCGAAGCAGUUAAAGCAGCUCAAGCUAAAAUUGGCGAUGGCGCUAAAGCCGCAAAAGAAGAACAGAAUGCUGCUAAACAAAAUAAUCAAAUAGGAUUUGGCGAUAAGUUUAAACCUAAGCCAGGAUCUUGGUUUUGUGAAACUUGUUACACAAACAAUUUAGAAUCAUUUGAGAAAUGUGCUUGUUGCGAAACUCCAAACCCACAAAACAAGAACAGUGGCAAAGAAAAAUCUACGAAAGAUUCUGGAUGGGGUGAUAAAUUCAAACCUAAACCAGGGUCUUGGGAAUGUAAACAAUGUUUGAUUCGCAAUGAAGCAGAACUUGAUCAAUGUGGCGCAUGUAAUAGUCCCAAAGAUGGAACUGUCAAAAAAACUGAGGUCAAAUUCAAUGAUGUACCCAAAUUCAAUUUCGGAAUCCCAUCAACCAUUACACAAAAUCAAAAUAUAACUAGUACCAAUCCAGUUGUCCUAAAGGCCCCAGAGUCUUCUAUAUUUGGUGUAAAUAAUGUUUCCAAAUUCAACUUUGGUAUUCCGAAAACCGAAACGAUCAACUUUGGCAUGACAACCAAAUCUUUGAAUACAUCCAGUAUAUUCAGUGCUGGUUCGGUAACUGCUGAAAACGCUAGUAGUCCCAUUAAUUAUAGUGUAAAGGAAAAUGAAACAUUAACUACAACACCUGUAAAGCCAGCCUUAUUACAAACACCGAACACAAAUAUUGCAUCUUUCGGAAAGAGUGGAACAUUUGAAUUUUCAUUCAAACCUAAAACUCCAACUAAAGGGAAAAGUCCUGUCAAGUCACCAAAAGAAAAUAAGGGAUUUGAUAGUGAUGACAAUGAAUAUGUAUCUGAAGAUGAAGGCCAUCACAUUUAUUUUAGCCCAGUUAUCCCAAUGCCAGACAAGAUUGAAGUUGUAACCGGAGAAGAGCAUGAAGAAGAGCUGUACAGUCACAGGGCAAAGUUGUAUAUAUUCAGUAAAGAGUGGAAAGAACGUGGCAUAGGCAAUGUGAAAAUCCUCAAACAUAAGGAAACCGGCAAUUUAAGAGUCCUAAUGCGACGCGAACAAAUCCAUAAAAUAUGUCUUAACCAUGCUUUAGUUCCUGAAAUUACGUAUAAACUAAAGGAUGAUAAAACAUGGCUUUUCUAUGCCAAUGAUUUUAGUGAAGGGGAGGUAGUUCUUCAACACUUUUGUCUUAGAUUCAAAAAUAAAGAAAUAGCAAUGCAAUUUAAAGAUGCUAUUGAUAAAGCACUAUCAGGCAAAAAAGAUUCUUCCGAAAGUACCGAUCUCCAUAGCAAAAACACAGACUCUGAAGAAGUUGUUUUUAUAACUGAAAUAAAAGCAUCAAGUGAAGAAAAGCAAAAAGCUAAAGAACUUAUGUUACCAGAACAUUUCUAUACAUAUAAAAAUAAAGAUCCUUGUCCAGGUUGCCGAGGUUGCGAUGAUGAUGACAAGAACAAAGUUGGAUCUGUGAAAGAACUACAAAGUUCAAACAUUACAUUGCCAGUGGAUUCUACUACCGCUACCCCUAUCAAAAAUUCAGCAUUAAUAUUCCAGAGCCCAACUGGUUCAGUUUAUGGUACACCUAGUAAUUUUGAACGGUCUACGAACACUACGAUGUACCGCACCCCACUGACUGAUUUAAAAUCCAAUAUUACACAGGUUUCUUCAUUAGCAACAUCUACAUUUAGUUUUGCUGACAAUGAUUUAACAGAUAAAGAAAAUACUUUAACAGAUAGUCCAAAACCAGUUGUCUCACAACCACUUUCAUUUGUAAGUGGCGGAGUACUACAAAACCAAGCAACUGCUACUAAAACUUCAAUUUUGGCUCCUCCCAAAUUAAGUACGCUACAGUCCGCGUUGGAUAAUACUACAGUAACCAAAUCUGGAUUCAGAGCUGAAACAACAUCUCACUCAACUGAUCAAAAUAAAACCGUCUUUGGCGAAAAUAAGUUUGACAGCACAGGACUAUCAACUAACAAAUCAAUCUUUAGUUUCAACCCUCCAAGUAACAAGGAAGACUCUCAAACAACUUCUUUAUUCUCGGAUACAAAUUUUUCACAAGUGAACUUUUUCAGUAAUAACUCUCAAGAAGGAUUGUUUGGUCCUGCAGCUCUGAAAAAUAUGCAAGCAAAACCUCCAUUAUUCGAAACUGGAAAAUUUUCUUUUGGAAAUGUAACUGAACAAAAUCAGGAUAAACCCAAAACCGUCUUUGGCGCAGCAACUACUGAUGAGAAAAAAGCUUCAGAUUCAGCCAGUAAAGUACAACUAAAUCAAAACAAUGUAAAAACUAUUCAAGAGAAACCUAUUGCAACAACUGAAGCGACUAGUGAAAAAUCUGAUAAUGCAUUAAGUAAAGACAGUGAAAUAAAUAAAUCUGUUGAAUUGGUACGUUCUGACCCUGGACCAAAAGACACCUUAUUCAAAAUUGAUAAUUCUCUGACAUUUGAAAAUUUAUCAUCAAGUGGUCCUGGAUUUAGUACACAGAAGAGGCCAGAUUUCAAAUGGGAGGGUGCCGGGCAACAACUGUUCACCACUGGAUCUGCCAAAGAGUCUGGCAAUAAAUUGAAGAACGACAGUGGUGCGGCGGAUGACUCCACCGUGGGUGUCGAGGAGGAGUAUGAUCCGCACUAUGACCCCAUUGUGCCCAUGCCUGACAAGAUCACCGUCACUACUGGCGAAGAAGAUGAGCAAAAACUGUUCGGUGAACGCUGCAAGUUGUUCCGUUUCGAUGAAAAGUCCCGCGACUGGAAAGAGCGUGGAGUCGGGGAAAUGAAAAUAUUGUAUCAUCCGGAGCGCAACAGCUACCGAUUUCUUCUCCGGAGAGAACAGGUUCAUAAAGCGGUGUUGAACAUGCUCUUGUUUAUGGACAUAAAUAUGUUACCGCUGAAAAAUUCAGUCCGUGCUUGGACUUGGGCGGGCCACAACUACGCCGAAGGCGAGGGCGAGCAGGAGACCUUGGCUGUGAGGUUCAAGACGCCCGAAAUAGCUACAGCUUUCCACGACAAGGUCGUGGAGUGUGUUAGGAAAUUGCAAGCAUCAGCUGCAGAGGCGAUAAGAAAAGAGAAAGAAGGACAAGAGAAAAAAAUUGAGAGUGUCACUCCUUUGCGCCUACCAAAGCAUUUGGGGGAUAGUGCGCGCGUGGAUUAUAGGGCCCCGUCCACACAAACUACUGAAGCACCGAAACUAGACGCAGGAACAUCCUCUGAGGGAAAGCAAGAAAAUGGCGAUGUGCCGGAUGAAGCAGGAGACGCGAAGCAAGUUCACUUCGAGGAGCCCGAGGAAGAUCAUGGGAAUUAUGAUGAUGAGGAUUACGAGCAUGAUUAUGAAAACCCAGAAGAUUAUGAAGACUACUAUGAAGGGGAGGAAGAAUCGUCCGCGUUCUACCCGUGCAAGGCGGUGGUGCGGCAGGGCGCCACGCACCUCACGUACGAGCAGACUCACGUGCAAGUGUGCUUCGACCACGACACCUGCUCGCCCAAGAUCCUUGUCACCGACUUCAACACCGGCGAGAUACUCGCCGACAUGCUCAUACACACUGACACUGAGUUCCAGCUGUCUGGCGAAACGUGUUCUUGGGCGGGGGCGGACUACACCAGCAACGUGUCCGUAGACAAGGCGGUGACCAUCACUUUCCCUGACACUGAUACAGCCUUGGAGUUCUAUGAUAGCUGUGAGACCAGCAAAGCUGCAACCUACGCGUCGACAGAUCCAGAAUCUGAAUAUUUUAACGAACAGCGAGUAAGUAUAGAUUAUUGUAAGUGCUGCUCUACAUUCUACAAUAGAUUUAACAUAGCCAAGUUUCUAUUUUUUAUAAUCUUAUUAAAACUAACUACAAUGUGGACUCUUGAUGUGGAUGGUAAUUCAAAUUUCCUGCAAAAUGAAAACUCGCAGUUGGGAGUUAGAGCUGUCAUGAUCAAAUGUGAAAUACCCGAAGAAGGGUUUCCAUCAGACGAAACGACACGUUUUCAACGAGAGGAGCUCUUUAAACAUAACGCCCUGCAAGACUGCAAGCAGAAAUUGGCUAUGACGAUCAAAAUGUCGAGCGAUCCAGACCAAACUCCUGGAGACGAAUAUAUUCCAAUUGAACACGUUCUGGGAGUUAACAGGAAGCGGAUCCGUCUACUGAAUCCUUACGUUUUACGACUCCGGCGAAAGGCACCAUUUCAAGCAUAUAAGUUACGAAGAAUCGAUACGGUGAGAGGAGUUAUUGCAAAAACCUUUACCAAAAAAACAAUUAAAAUUGGAACUAACGAGAGUAAGCGUAUACAACGCGAAUUACAAUCUGGAAGACUAAGAGAUGAAGACUGGUCAACCAGUAUUGGUUUUGGUUCAUUAUUCAAACUCAAUCACGAUGCCCGCGACCGCCACAGCUAUUCAUUCAAGACAGACGAUCAGAUGCAACCAAUACAUAAAAUUUUAGCGAAGAGAAAAGCUGCCUCACGUAAUAAUUAUUUCGCUCAUGACUACUUAUGUCCGAAAAAUAAUGAGUCUUUCUCAUUAAGUCGACGCCGAAAGAGGCACAUACAAGAUUAUGAAUAUAAUUUAGGAAGAUGGACACCUACAGAGUUUACAUCCCAGAAACUGCGUCAAGAUUAUGAUAAAAACUUUUAUAAACAACCAACCCACAAAAUUAACGAAGAAAAAUCAGAUGCGUUCAUAUAUGAAGAAAACGAACCUCUAAUUGAUGCUGCUGAUAAAAGUAAUGAUGUUAAUAAUGAUAUUGUACAAGAUUUGCUAAAUGGAGUUACAAAAAAGAUAAAAAACGGUUAUAAAGGUGAAGAAGUAUCGAGAAUUGUUGCACCGGACAGGGCUAAAUCCAAUGAAAUGAAUAACAAACCUCAUAAAAAAAAUCUAGACGAUGAUCUGCAAAGUGAAGACACGGAAAAUGAUUUCGUUAUUUACGAAAUUGGAGAUCCUGAUUUAUGGUACAGCGCACAAGUGCAGCUGUUUGAAAAACUAAGUACUCCUGAGGGAAAGACUUUGUGGAAUGACCUAACAAAAGAUGAAUCAGCGAGCGUAAAUACUGCAAAUCCAGAGUGGUCUAAUCAAGACGUUAAUGUUCAAUAUAAGCCAGCUGAAUUUCUGGCAAGAGAGGAAUUUAUGCUUCCUUUAACAGAUUUACGUUUAGUAGUACCUUUGAAACAUGAUCAUGGAAAUGGUUUCAAAGGUAAAACUGGUGAAUUUGUGAUUGUACCUAUGGAUGACGUUAUAAUAGUAAACGACCUGAAAGAAAUCAACAAACGAGAUAAGAAUUCUUCUGACUUGAAUACAGUCUUUGUAAAUGAACAGCGUCUUCGUCAAGUAAUAGUAAGAACCACAAGAGCAUUAUUGGGAGGUGUUACAGACAGCCUGAAAAUAGUUACUCGAGGAUCGGAUAGAUAUCUAAAAUUGCCGCACCCCAAACCCCACUACACUCAAAUGGACUUGGAGGCGAGGGCUGAUGAUAAUGAACUUAUACUUGUGGGAGUUCUUGGCCGAUUGACAACUAUUGUAUCAGACACAACUCGAAGAAUUCGUUCAAUAUUGACUGUGCAAGCUACGAAUACUGGGUUGGCAGCGGCACGCAUGAGGGUUAUGACUCGUGAAUGCAGCCCCGAGUUAUUAUACAGUAACAACGAAAGAGAAGAAACGAUAACAGAAUCUAUAGUCCUGCCUCCAAAGCAUACCAAGACGUUCCGCCUUACCGUACCCUUGCAAAUUCCUGUUGAAAGCGCCAAUUGCACAAUUGUGUUAGUCAAUGAUGAUGACGAUUCGGUUGCUGUCCGAGAUGUGCGAAUCAAACGGGACGAUCGUUGCUAUUGUGUUUGGCACUGUGACUGUGUGUGUUUGGGUGAAGAUCCCAAACUGCUUUGUCGAGAUAUGACAUCGGCGCAACUCUUGGCUGCAGGAUUGUCGCCGCACCAAAAGACACGCCACGCACGAUCAGUUUGCUAUCCAGAUGUUGUCACGCUGAACUUCUUUGUCACGUUUGUAGGAGUUCUCUUAGCUUUAUUGAAUCUCGGUAUCAUGAAAGCAUUUGUUGGGUUGAUAUGUCGCUGCGUGGGCUCGUGGGGUCUGCAACUGUUGGUACAGACGCCGCGGAAAAUGGACCACUAUUACGAGGGCUCGCUGCGCAAUCGACGUGUGGUCUACGACGACGAGGGGUGGCCGGUCCACCCUGAUACGAAGGAACGAACCGUGCGCCUCGUUAGCAAAUCGAUGGAAUUUAUAUUAAAUGUCAUAUUUUUCAUAACAUUACCGUGUAUCAUGAUCUGGGACUCCAUGAAGAAACUGACUACACGUUGUCUUGGUGCGGAUGAAAAGUCUGAUUCUAACCCUAAAAUGAAUGACAGUAAAAAGUGUUUUAAUUCAUCACAUGACGUUCAGGUUACGGCGCGACGAUUACGUAAUCGGCGUGGUCUUCGAAAAUGGAUGACACCGCAGGCCGAAGAGCUUACCACUGAUCUUUGGAAUAAAGGUUUAUCUCCUGUGGGGGAAAACACGCGCGAUUGUCUUCAACGAUUACUGCAGGACGAAACUAGCUUUAGAAAUACUUGCGAUCAGUCAUCGUUCGUAGAUUCAGAACAAGAUGACACUGAAUACGUUUUAAUGCAAAUGCAAAAGAGUAGGGAAUCUCUUGCGAGAAUCCAGCGACAAGAAGAAACGAAGGCAAAUGCUAUGAAUUAGGUAAUGGAAGCGUGGAAGCACAGUGAG